UUGUUGUAGUUUUAUUUGUAGCAAAACAUAAUUUAUAAUCUCUUUACAUGUUUUGUAUGCAAAAAUCUUCAUUUGUAAAGCAACUUGUAACCAAAACUUUUAAAUAAUGAGUGUACAAGUAUCUCAAAUUUGCAUUACAGUACUUGAGUAAAUCUCCUUUCACAGGUGGUCUAUCAUAGGGAACUGGUCUAUAAAGUCCCGACAAUGACCCGACAUCUUGUCAACAUUACAUCAACAAACAUUAUUUUAAAACUUGUAGACUAAACACAGCUGCACAUUGUUGACCAUGAAACCAGCCACUUUCAGUUUUAAAUGCCUUACUUGUUUUCUUUUCCUCCCCCUGCCUCUGCGUCUUCUGUUUUCCUCAGCGGGCAGUGCCCACAGCCAGCACCUUGUCUGAGGCUGGAGUGGGGGGGUUCAGUCACAGCAUCAGGAAAAUGUGUCGGUUUUGUUUACUCUGAGUGAUCAAACUAAUCUGCAAUGAGCUUAAAUCGAAGCUGUAUCCUGCCACACGUCUUAUAAACAGUUUGUGAUCGUUACCUGCUAAAAUUCAGGAUCUAUCCACCCCCCCCCCCAAAAAAAUUGGACCCUUCCUCCGUAUCUGCUCCAAGGUGAAGCAUCUCAGGGGAGAAGCAGGCAGAAGCUCUACAAACUUUUAGGAUGGAGACGAGAUGGUCCCGGAGGAUUGAAAUCCUCCAGACCUCUGCAGUGCAAACACAGGCUUUGGCUGCCAGAUGCUGGGGAUAAUGGAUAGGACUGCAGAAGGAAAGAUGGAGAGGUGUGUGCAGCCAGCCACACAGACAUACAAGUUGUGGCAGGUCGGUAGAUGAUGAAGUGAUGGAGAUGUUAGGAGGCCAGGGCCAUUGUGAUGCUGGGUGGCUGUUACUCUGGAACUGCCAUCUGCCGAAAAGGGUGCUGUGUAAUGAUAUCCUCAGCCUGAAGGUGGCAGGAGAUCCAGUGCUAACCCCUAACUCAGUGUGCCUGAGGCUGGCAGGCCUCAGUAAACGUCAGAUGCGGAUGUGUGUGCGGAGCCCUGAUGUCACCGCCUCAGCUCUGCAGGGCAUCCAGGUGGCCAUCCACGAAUGCCAGCAUCAGCUCAGGGACCAGCGCUGGAACUGCUCCUCACUGGAGGGCCUUGGCAAGCUUCCCCACCACAACACCAUCCUCAACAGGGGUUUUCGCGAGAGUGCCUUCUCCUUGGCCUUGUUGGCAGCGGGUGUGGCUCACUCUGUGGCCUCGGCCUGCAGCAUGGGCAAGCUGCGGGGGUGUGGCUGUGAGGCCAAGCGUCGCCAGGACGAUGACAAGAUCCGGCUGAAACUCACACAGCUGCAGCUGCAGACCCUGCAGAAGGGUGGGGUAGGCCUCGGCAUGACACGGUCAUUACCCUCAGAGUUAAACGGUCACCAUGGCGACCUGCCCGCUAACCUGCGCUCCACCCACCCCUCCGCCCUGCUUAAGCCUUUACCAGAUGAGCUGAGCUCCAUGCAGGAGACCUGGGAGUGGGGGGGCUGCAGUCAUGACGUCCGUUUUGGGGACCGUUUUUCCAGGGACUGGCUCGACUCCCGUGGGUCUCCAAGAGACAUCCAUGCUCGCAUGAGGAUCCAUAAUAACCGGAUGGGACGUCAGGUAGUGACUGACAACAUGAAGAGGAAAUGCAAAUGUCACGGCACAUCAGGGAGCUGUCAGUUUAAGACCUGCUGGCAUGUGUCGCCAGAGUUCCGAGUUGUGGGUUCUCUACUCAAGGAAAAGUUCUUAUCGGCCAUUUUUGUCAACUCCCAGAACAAGAACAAUGGGGUUUUCAACACGCGAACAGGAAAUGGCGGCAGUGGGAGCACAGCGGGGCUCAACGGAGGUCGCCGUAGAAGCAUUUCCAGAGAGCUGGUGUACUUUGAGAAGUCUCCUGAUUUCUGUGAGCGUGAUCCGUCCAUAGACUCUCCGGGUACACAAGGACGCAUCUGCAACAAAACCAGCUACAGCACAGACAGCUGCAGCUCACUGUGCUGCGGCCGAGGGCACAACAUCCUGAAACAGACACGCAGCGAGCGCUGCAAUUGCAGGUUCCACUGGUGUUGCUAUGUGCUGUGCGAGGAGUGUCGUCUCACAGAGUGGGUCAACGUGUGCAAGUAGUUUGCAGUUCUCCAAUUCCCAGCUGCCUUUACCCAUCCAGGACUCAAGAUGGCGAGCCUAUCCCUUCGCCCCCUCCUGUUGUUUUGAGUGUUUGUUUUGCUCCUUGUGUAACUCUCCCAGAGAAUCUUUUACCCCCCCCCCCCCCUUCCUUUUUUUGGGUCCAUCAUCUGGGAUCUAUUUUCUCUUUGUAGCCGCUGUUAUUCUCAAAAUGCCAAGUCAGAGAUUGAAGAGGUGACUCAUGUCAUUUGUCUUGCCAUGGUGUGUUUAGACCCUGCCCUGUGAGCCAUGAAAAUAGCUUAUACCCCAUCUUUUCUGUCCCACAAAACAAAGACGAGCAACAGCAGAGAGGCAUUUCUAUGUCUGCGUGUUUCAGUGUCUACAUGCUGACUCAUCUCGUUGUACAGUAGCUGUGUAUUUUAAUGUGUACAUGUAUAUUUGUAAAUGUAUUAUUAUUAAUAUUAUUAUUGCUUUGGA